CAAGUAGACAAUGCCAGCGCUCCAGACAGGCCUGAAACAGGAAAAGAACAUGGUCUAGAUUGAAAGACCAACUAAAAAAAAAUUUUUUUUUCAUUUGAAAACACCAACAGUACCAUCAUGAACUCAAGGGAUACGCACAGUCCUGUGUUUCUGGUAUUUCCUCCAGAGAUCAACCAACCAGAAUAUCACGAAAAUGUCCUCUCAGCCACCGCCUACGCAUCUCAAAACCUCUUGCAGAAAUUACUCACUUCAAAACUGAAGAUCUUAGGGGCUACUCAGAUCCUGAUUGGAAUUGUAAACUUUUUUUUUGGAAUUAUUUUUCUUUUCACCUUGGUACCUCCUUACCCAAGGUUUCCUUUUAUACUUCUUUCAGGAUUCCCAUUUUGGGGCUCUGCUUUGUUCAUUACGUCUGGAGCCUUUCUCAUUGCGUUAAAAAGGAAAACCACCGAAUCCAUGGCGAAAGUGAGCCGGGUAAUGAAUUUUCUUAGUGCCGUGGCAGCAGCAGCUGGAAUCAUUCUCCUCACAUUUGGUUUCCUUCUAGAUCGAAACUACAUUUGUGGCUAUUCUCCAGAAGGCAUUCGGUGCGGUGAAAUUACUGCGCUCUUGGUUGGAAUAUUCACCAUGUUGAUGAUCCUCAACGUUAUCGAAUUACUCAUUUCUCUGCCUAUCUCAGUUUGUGGAUUCCACUCAGAAGAAGAUCAUGACUUUUAGGACUGUCGUUUCUAGCACUGUGAGAAUAAAAUGUGUUGCGAUAUUUCUGAGAGAUGA